AUACAUUAUUUAGUCAUACCCAUCAUAGUAUUUCCUCUUACAUAAAUAUUAAGUAUAAAAUCCUCAACUAUUAGUUAAAAGUAUUAUUAUAGUCAUAAUGGAUAAUUCGUCUAGUAACCGGGAGCAUCCGUUAGCUUUAAAAGGUAAAGAAUUGUUUACUAACAAUGUUUGUAUCCAUGUGAAAAAUUUGGUAAAAUGUAUGGGGUUAUUUACAUAUAUAAAAACUACUCAAUAUGUAUCGAAAGAAUGAAAUAAUAUAAUUGACAGUGUAGCUAAACCAACUAUUUUCUUGUUUAGUUAUGCGUCUAACGAAGCCAACUUUUCUAACGAAUCAUAUAAAUCCCAACGAAACAAGGGAUCUUCCAGGAAAAGCUUUCGAUCAAGCUGCCAAAAGUAACAUGACUCUUAUAGAAAACAAUGAAGAAAUAUCUCUAAGUAAAUUUUUAACACUUCCACAAAAUUUUGGGAAUAUAUUUUUGGGUGAAGUAUUCUCCAGCUAUAUAAGCGUUCAUAAUGACAGUAAACAAGGCUGUAAAGACGUAUUCGUAAAGACUGACCUUCAAACAGCAACAAGUUCUACCAGAACAAAUUUAUCAACGACGCCAAUAGUUGCCGAAUUGGGAUCUGGGCAAAGUAUAGAUGACGUUAUUAAUCACGAAAUUAAAGAGCUUGGAAUGCAUAUUCUAGUCUGCACUGUUCAAUAUAAUACGCCGUCUGGAGAGAAAAACUUUAAGAAAUUCUUUAAAUUUAAUGUCCAUAAACCUUUGGAUGUUAGGACAACAUUUUACAAUUCUCCGUCAGAUGAAAUGUUUUUAGAGGCUCAGAUACAAAAUUUAACUUUAAGUCCUAUGUAUUUAGAAGAAGUUUCUAUGCAUCCCAGCGAAAAUUUCUUGGUAAAAGAAUAUAAUGCGUUCCAACAAGAAGAAGAUAAUCUUGCAAAAUUAAUAAAUGCUCAAGAUGUUCAUCAAUUUUUAUAUCGUUUCAAACCAAAACCUCACUUAUAUGCUGAUCAUAAGUUAUUAAAAGCUAGUACUCAAAUAGGAAAAUUGGAUAUCAUAUGGAAAACUAGUUUAGGUGAAAGAGCACGGUUGCAAACAAGUGCUCUUCAAAGAGCGGCACCAGAUUUUGGUGAUAUCAGAAUAUUUAUAGAAGAUAUUCCAACGUCAAGUAAAAUUGAAGAAAAAUUUACAAUUCAAUUAAAAAUUAUGAAUUCAAGUGAAAGAUCAAUGGAUCUCAGAGUUUUCUUUCAUCAUUCAACAUCCGAUGGUAUUCAAUGGUGCGGAAAAUGUAACCAUGUACUUGACACACUUCCGUCUAAUGGGUCUAUUGUGCUAAAUUUUACGCUCUUUCCAAUGAAACUAGGAAUUCAGCCUAUUUCCGGUUUAAGGAUAUUGGAUACGUUUUUAGGGCGUUUACACGAAUUUGACGAAAUUGCAACAGUUUUUGUCUACAAUGAUAACGAGACCCUUACUACGUUUGUCGUCUGCUUGGUGGAAUUUCUAUCACUUUGUGUCGAAAAAAAAGCGAUGAUAAGUAGUUAUAAAAGCGAUAUUUCGAAGUUAAAUGGCAAAAGAGAGAAAGGUUCAAAACAAAUAGUAAAAAAAGGACCCUGGUCCAACUCGGAGGAUGAAGCUUUGAAAAUCCUAGUGAAUAAACAUGGGCCCAAAAAAUGGAGCUUGAUAGCUGAAAAGAUUACUUAUAGAACUUCGAAACAAUGCAGAGAGAGGUGGCACAAUCACUUACAACCGAAUAUAAGUAAAGCUAGAUGGACUAUGGAAGAGGAUGAUUUGAUAUGUAAAUUACAUGUAAAGUAUGGUAACAAGUGGACUAUGAUCGCAAAACAUUUGUCUGGUAGGACAGAGAAUGGCGUUAAAAACAGGUGGAAUUCCACACUUAAGCGUAAGAUGACAGACAAUAGAGAACAAGAAGACGACGAAUUUCCCAAGUUCGAAGACGAAGUGACAGUAAACAAGGAAAACAGUAAGCCUAACACUGAAGCAGUUAAUAGAGUUAUUCCCUCAGUGAUACUAGUUUGCCCAAUUAUGAACAGUAGUGUUAGUGAAAAAGAGGAAAUAAAUUGUAUUGGUGGACAACUUUCUCCCAAAACACCUAAACGAGAGAAGGAACUGCCUCAAGUUUUUCCCGACAAAUCACCCCUUAUUAAUAUUGCAAAAUUGCCAACUACACCAAAGUUUUCAAUCAGCCGCGGUGACACUCAAGAAGUUAACGACGAAGAAAAUAAGAAACCUUUCGAUACGUUUGAAACUCCAAGUAAAUCAGUUAAAUUGGAUAAAAGCUUUUUUCUUUCUCCGUUAAUCAACGAAAAAGAUAUGGAACCUCAUUAUCUAACUACAACUACAAUCCUUCCUCCAAUGAAAUCUCCAGCUCAAAUUUCUUUCGUUAACGAUCGCGACAAUCAUACGGAAAGUUUACGGAAGCAAUGGAAAACGGCUAAAGAAUGGCGUAGAAAAUACCUAUUGCCCAAAGGUGAUCGAUGGUGUAAAAUGAUGUGCCAGCAAAACAAUGCUAGUCCUCUUUUUCAUUAUAUAGAGAGUAUUAUUGAUAGACUUAGGUAA